GAAACGGCGAAACAAGGUGGAUUGAAAAAAGCAAAACGAACGAUAAAAAUUACUUGCUUAUAGUUUCAUUGUUUUCAUGUUUUUGUAGAUGAAGUCGUGAACGCCGUCUAAUCAUUUUUAGUAGGAGUUUUGUUUCCAAUUUCAAAAAUUGCAGACGUAAUGUGCAUCUGUACGAACUUCGAGACACGAGCGUGGGUCGCCUCUGUGUCCGGUGGCAGCUGACUCGAGAUAGAGCUCGCGAAAGAGUCAUGCAACCACAGUGGGAGGUGCGAAAAUUCAGCCGACUCUCGUGUAAUUGUCGUUAGUGGACCACAAGACUGCGCGGCAAUAAUUAGCGACUCAAUGAAUAGACGAGGAAGAAAAUGCAUCGUAGCGCCUCGUCGAUGAGCAAUCCGUCUAAUGUGAUUGCCUUUUCCGUUAUCGUCUUGCGGCUAUUGACGGUCAGAUGUGCGGUAGGAGAAGUUGCUCCGAGCGGCACAGCGACGCGAGCGGAGGGGGGCGAAACGGGUCUGCGUACGGUGCAAAGGCGGGCUGUGAUCGAUGCUGAUGCUCGCACCGAGGUCCUACAAUCCACCACGGAAAAUCAGCUUGGAGAAACAGACCGGGAGGAGACGAGCGAUGACGGCUCACCCCAUCGUCGAGACGACACCAGCGAACAAAAGCCGAUAAGGAAACAUCACCUGCGCAGGGACGACCAACAAAUACCCACACGAAGACAAGCGCCAACCCGCGCGCCUAAGGUGGCACCUUCUUAAGGGUGGGUUGCUUCUUAAAGUUGUUUUUCAUUCGAUUCUGUAUUGGUCGAUUGGGGGUGUCUAUAGAAACGGAACGUCAGACUUAACGUCAUUAUCUUUGUUUGUUUUGCAAUUACCUGCCGAUAAUAUAUUCUUGUCGCAGUAAUUUGUUCCUUCUUGUCGAAGAUGGUUGAGGUUAACCGAGUAAAUAUGUUCAUUGCAGUACGAUAGAUCGCCUGCUGGUGACUUCUGCCGCAUCUCUAAUCAUUCGUUGUGGAUGCAACAGGAAAAACACGUACUUGGCCAUAAGUGCUGUCCGUGUAGUAAUCUAACGCUAACAGUUAAGAUAAGAAUUUCUUUCAUGCAUAAAAAUGAAUGUAUGUUGAUAGUAAAACUUGCAUGAUUGGUCAUCGGUCAUAAUGUUCUGACACUAACAGGAAGUCGCACUCGUAGCUUAAUCUGCCCUUCCAAAUGAGGGGGCUGACGGUCACUCUCACAUGCUAAAGCAUAAGCCACUCUCACAUGCUACAAACUCCAUGAUAAUUUUUCGAUUGAUGAAUCAGUCGGAGUCAAUUUUUUCGUUCUUGAUUCUUCACCUGGUUGUACGCAUCAACAGAUCCGUUGAGUUCGGGGGUGAAUCGGACGCUAAGUGUCGAGUCGACGUUAGUAGAAGACCUCGCAGUGGUGAAGGGACGCGAUAAUGUGCGGGACUGGGACAACAGUAAGAAUCUGCCUUGUGCUCUGAUGGCACAGAAAAAUCUCGAAUGCAAGAAAGCAGAAGUGGAGAGCGAGGGUUAAGAGUUUCAUGGUGAUGAUGAUUGCCCCUUGCCGUGGUGCGUCAAGUGAGUUGUCGACAUCGUUAACUAUCGUGUGAUCGGUGAUGCCUGCUCCGUCACAUGCGGAGAUAAUUAAUUCAAUGGAGAAUUGCUAUUUUUGUUUCCUGUUGUUUGUUUUUGUCGUCAUGGUUGGUGUGUGAUCGUGAUGAUCUUGCUGCUUUUUUUCCAGCUUUUGAUCAUGAUCAGGGUUUUGAGGGUUGAUUUCAAUGUUCAUCUUCGUAAGAAUGGCCACGGGCCGUAAAAAAUUAAUCCUUGAUAUGAUCUAAACUUUCAUGCCGAAAGGCGACUACGAUGCAGUGCAUUUUCGAGAAUUCGGCCAGAUGAAAGGAGAAAAUAACAACGAGUUAUGUUUCAUAUUGAACAAGAGUGUUGAUGAUUAUCGUGAAGCAAUCGUGAAAUCGCCACUGAAGAUUUCAAGAUCAUGUCCCGAAUAGCACCCCUGCGAUGGCCAACUUCAUGAGCACUCAUGUAUUCAGUUGAUGAAGGCUUCCUGCAGAUUUCUAAGGGCGCUAAACCUAAUUCGUCCCUUGACCCUAUCUAUAAUUCAGUGAUUGAUUAGUUUUAGAACACAAGGGUGCGCGUAACCUACGAAUUAUUAUAUAUGUACUCGUUCCACCCUCUCUGAUAUAUUGUAUUGCAAUUUUUAGAAUUUCAUGAGCAUUUAUUUAGGUCAGACUCACCCCCAUGAAGGGGUCUUAAUUUCCACUACUGCGACCGCCGCUAGUGCUAGAGUGAAUAUAGAAAUACCUUUAUCUAUUGUGAUCGUCGACAUGAUUUUCAGAAAGAAAAUACUAAAAUUUGGUUUCCUCUUUUUCUUCUCUAGUCUAAAUCCCCCGCUCGAAAGUGUGAAAUAUACCGAAAGUAAGAGCGGCACAGACGGGUUCAAAUGUAUACCGAUCGAACAGCUGUGGUGGGACGAUGAUCAUCUGAUAGAAGAGAACACACCUACACUCGACAGCGUCAAAGCGAACUACAUGAACCUUAUGAUGGGUGCCUACUAGCGCACGAAAACACUCAUCGCCGCUCUUAUGUUCUCUCUGGUGCAUCUUACACUUUUUUUACUCCGUCCUGGGCGUCUAAAGGAAACUAAUGCUAUCGUCCAUCAAACUUCCAAGUGCUGCUGGCAGAAUAAACUAUCGGUUUUUUAUUAUGUUGAACCACAUAGGAUCUUAUGUCUUUAAAACGCGUUCAUGACGCAGCCCUGGAAAUAUUGGUUUUACACUGACAGUGGCUCCUGGGCAGUUACGAUUUGGGGUGGCAAAGUAGACUAUGAGAUAUUAUGACGACCACAUCGAUGUAUUGUUAUCAAGCAGGGCUGGGCUUUCUAAGAAGAGAUUCAUGUAUCUUCUACGAUGGUUGUAUCAAAACCGGGGUGCAGGGCGAGAGACGGGGGUGACGGUAUUUCUAUGACUGUUGUUGUUCUGUUGAUCAACUAGAACUAUGUACGUAGAUAAUGAAUUAUGAACGAUAUGGAUAGAAAUAGUAGAGAGAAGUAGAUAUCGAUUAUUAAUGGCUGUCGUAGCGCAGAGCUUCUAACGCGUUGGAGGUACCCCCACGGAGGUACUAACAACAAGGUUCCGCAAAUGCUAGCUGUUCGGCAUUGGAGAGAUGGCGACGAGCACGGCGUUCAGCUUCAAUUUAUGUCUCGUUCGUAUGUUGAUGAAUGUGUCUCUCUCUGCUCCACUGCUUGUUUAGAAAAAAUAUGGUAAUGUGUUUAAUUUGUUCUGUUGCUGCGUUCUGAUGCUCGAUGAAUCUCUCUCAUAAAUAUGUGAAUAACUAGAAGGAGGCCGUAGUUUUAUUCAUUAUGCACAUGCAGUAGUAUCUUCAAAGAACAAUUUUUGUUCUUUUGUUUGUUUCCUUCUUUUUAUCUUAUGCUAGGCAGAUUCAUUCUAAUCUGCUUGUGUACGACUGUCACCCAAAAGCAGCAGUAGAGGAGGCGCCAGAUGAAGCAUCGGAGAGCACUGGAGUUGCUGAGAGCAGUACUUCUGAAAAAUCAUGGUUUCAUUUGGAUCGAAUCUUUAGUUUUGACGCUUCUCCUAUCCUAUUGUAUUUAUCCAAUUUUUUGAUACUCCUCAAACGGAUAAAAUUUCAUAAGUGAGCGUAAACUAACUGCGCGCUUGGCUUAGUGCUGUAGGCGUUUACUUCUUCAUCUGAAAGUAUUUUCUCACCUUUGCUCCCCUCAGUGUAUCACCCUAACGAAUCUUUUAGGUUUCCUGAAUUUCCGGGCAAUCGUGCUUUACUUAAGGCUAGUUUUUCACUAUCCUGUGUGGAGUAUGCUGAGUGGCGUUAUCGGGGACACACGCGUGACAUGCUGAGUGGCGUCCCCCUUGAUUUCGACGGGAAACUAAGGGGGACGCAGGGCCUACCACUCGGCCAGAGAUAGUGAAAAACUAGCGCUAAUUUAUCUCUUCCUUGUUUUUGUUCUGUGCCUUGGCGGCGCAUGGGUUUGGGUUAUCAAAACUUCAGAAGACGGGGAGUAGGCAGUCGAAGCGUUUUGCUCCGCAUGGAGGAACACUCACACCGAAGUUGACACAUGGUCGAAACGUUGUGCUACGCAUGUAGUAGAUACUUUGCUACAUCACCUGACACUUCUGCUCAUUCGUCGACGAAAUACAUAGCGAUUGUGUAUCUAUUCAAGUAAAGAUGCUAUUGCUCUCACAUGCACGAGGCCGUUUAUAUCUACAAACGCGCUUGUGUUCCGUUACACUGACGCUGUGCUUCUGUUAUCAAUCAGUAUUCCGUUUUUUGCAU